AUGAUCGCUCGUAUGUGUAAUCGGUGGGAACGGUAUUGCAGGAAGAAGAACAAGAAAUACAAGUCGUCCCCGGAGUCAAAAUGGGCCGAUCCCGGGGUUGCUCUCCGCUUUGCAGGCAAGCGGGAGCUAACCCUGUUCGUCCGUUGGUGCCUCCGUCUGCGACGGGGGAAAACCGGCCGCCGACUGAAAAGAAUCAAAAAGGCCAGCGCGUUGGAUACGGGUUAA